UAUCUCUAUUUUUGCUUAUCUAUUGAUAUGAAUAUAUGAUUUCUGUUCAUCAGUUUACCCAUUUCUUUUCCAACAUCUUCUGUUACUCUAUGUCUCACUCUUUCUCUCUCCUUCUGACAACAAACCUCUCUUUGAAUCUAAGUUUAAUUUAGUAUGUCUUUUAACUCCACUCUCUCUCACUCUUCUUUCCAGUGAAUUGCUUUCAUGGGUUGUUGCAGAUUUAUAAUUUACCACUAAGCUUGCUUCAGUUUUUUUUUUCCUCCCCACAAAAGUAAUCUGUUUUCUUAAGUUUUCUUUGUCUUCUUGUUGAUAAACCCACCAUUGUAUUUUGGGUAGUUUGUAAUUUCGUUCGUUCUUUCUUUCUUGAUAAAACCUCUUCCCCUACUUAAAUUGGUUCCUUUUCUUUUCGCUUUUCCUUUUCUGGGUUUCUUUUCUUUUUCUGGGUUCUUGGUUCGUUUAAAAUCACUACAGUUUUCUUGAGAAAGUGUGGAGCUUUCCCGAGAAAAUGAGACAACUGAAUUCAUUUCAAGUUGUAUUCGUCAGUUUGGGACUCUUUCUUGCAACUUGCGACGCUUUUGCAUCAAAUGAAGUUUAUGCCCUCACUACAUUCAAGGAAGCUAUAUAUGAGGACCCACUUUUGGUUCUGUCAAAUUGGAAUGCCCUAGAUGCAGAUCCUUGUGACUGGUCCGGCCUCACCUGUUCCAUGGCUCGAGAUCAUGUCAUGAAAAUUAACAUUUCUGGGGCAUCUUUAAAGGGCUUUCUUGCACCAGAGCUGUAUCUACUCUAUUCCUUGCAAGAACUAAUUCUUCACGGGAAUUAUCUGAUUGGUAUAAUACCCAAAGAAAUUGGUAUGUUAAAAAACCUCAAGGUCUUGGAUUUGGGUGUGAACCGGCUUUCCGGACCAAUUCCUCCUGAGAUUGGGAAUUUAACCAGGAUUGGGACUAUAAACCUUCAAUCCAAUGGAUUGACAGGGAGAUUGCCUCCUGAGCUUGGCAAUUUGAAGUACCUCGAAGAACUUCGGCUGGACAGAAAUAAGCUUCAUGGAACUGUCCCUGGAAAUAACAGUUCAGACUUGGCUUCCAAGAUACGCGGGAUGUAUGUCUCAAGUGGGAACUCUGCGGGCUUCUGUCGCUCAUCUCAACUAAAAAUUGCAGAUUUCUCAUACAACUUCUUUAUCGGGAGCAUACCCAAGUGCCUGGAGUAUCUUCCCAGGUCCAGCUUUCAAGGGAAUUGCCUUCAAGAUAGAGAUCCCAAACAACGCCCUACCAUGCAAUGUGGUGGUACUCCGCCUGCCAAAAGCCAUACUGGAGUCGAUGCAAAACAACAGCCUGUUGAAGACAGUUCCAUACAUCAGGCUGCUUCAAAACCUGCCUGGCUUUUAGCUCUCGAAAUAGUCACUGGAAUUAUGGCAGGUUCUGUUUUUCUCGUGGCUCUUCUAACUACUCUUCAGAAAUGCAAAAACAAGUCUCCGAUCAUUAUCCCGUGGAAGAAAUCAUCAAGCGAGAAGGACCACAUGACAAUUUUUAUAGAUUCUGAAAUGUUGAAGGACGUAGUCAGAUACAGCAGACAAGAGCUUGAAGUAGCCUGCGAAGAUUUCAGCAACAUCAUUGGGUCAUCUCCAGAUAGUCUAGUCUACAAAGGCACCAUGAAAGGUGGUGGGCCUGAGAUAGCUGUGAUAUCCCUUUGCAUCAAAGAAGAGCACUGGACAGGCUAUCUUGAGCUCUAUUUUCAAACAGAGGUGGCAGAUUUGGCAAGACUAAAUCAUGAGAACACGGGAAAGUUGCUAGGCUAUUGUAGAGAGAGCAGUCCUUUUACAAGGAUGCUGGUGUUUGAAUAUGCAUCUAAUGGAACAUUGUAUGAGCAUUUCCACUAUGGAGAAGGAUGCCAAUUAUCUUGGACACGGAGAAUGAAAAUUGCUAUAGGCAUUGCUAAGGGAUUAAGAUAUCUUCACACUGAAAUUGAGCCUCCAUUUACCAUAUCUGAAUUGAAUUCGAGUGCAGUCUAUCUUACCGAAGAUUUUUCUCCGAAGCUAGUUGAUUUUGAAAGUUGGAAGACAAUUCUUUCAAGGUCAGAGAAGAACUCGGGUGAUAUCAGCAACGAAGGUGCUAUUUGUGUCCUUCCAAAUUCUCUAGAGGGACGUCACCUGGAUGUCCAAGGGAACAUUUAUGCUUUCGGUGUACUCCUACUUGAAAUUAUCAGUGGGAGACCUCCAUAUUGCAAGGACAAAGGGUGCUUAGUAGAUUGGGCAAAGGAAUAUCUUGAACUGCCAGAAGUAAUGUCCUAUGUGGUGGAUCCUGAGCUGAAACAUUUCGAAUACGAUGACCUCAAAGUGAUAUGUGAGGUGGUGACCCUCUGCAUUUACCCACGACCCAACAACCCUGUAUCGAUGCAGGAAUUGUGCACCAUGUUGGAAAGCAGAAUCGACACAUCUGUUUCUGCAGAGCUCAAGGCGUCUUCUUUGGCAUGGGCUGAGCUUGCACUUUCGUCGUGAUCAAGUCAAGCUGACACAUUGUAAAUCAUAUAUAUAUAUACACAAGUGUAAUACUCUCUCCUUUUCUUUCCACUUCCAAUUAUCUCUUAGUUUCUGUAAAUGGUUGCAUGCUGAAAGAAACGUCGAGCCUCAUUGAUGGAAAAUCCUCAUUUCUUUGUAUACCCUCGGUUCAUCGGUCAGAG